AUGCUGCACGUGUGUUUAGUGGCAUCGGUUGCCGUAUGCCUCGCACGAGCUCAUGAGGCCCCCCCAUGCAUCAGCGGCGAGCAAGUGCAAGCAUACUUUGCGGGCGAGGUGGAUUUCGGAGAUGGUGUCGGGGAGCCAUGCAAUCCGAGUCUGAAGGAGUGCUGGUUCGAUGCAGAGGUACAAUCUGGGCCAGAUGAACAUGGCACCUACCACGUUACAUGGGCAGAUGCCACACCAUCAUUCCGUGAGGCUCAAUUGCUGCUCCUCAUUCGCUGCUCAAGUGAUUGUUGGGAGGUCCAUGGUUCACAGUUGCACCGCGCUGCUUCCGACGAGGCAUGCGGCAUCGCUGCAGGUGCAGCUUUGCAAAGCACUGAGGAUACUGGUGCUGGGCGGAUGCGACGACCUACGGCACCGUCGCCGACCUUGAUGUUGCGAUUGCACUGGGAGGCGUCGGACGUUGCUUGGCGUGAUGAGGCCAUCGCAAAGUUGCGUGCGGAAUUCCGGCCACAGCAGGUGAUUGGUGACUUCGACUGGCAUGUGGUCAUGCGGUUCGGAGACCCAGAAUCUUGCGAUGAGGCCCACGACAUCCUGCGGAGCUUGCUGAGCUUGUGCGUUGACUCCGAAGGUUGCUUCCGGCAUCCCUUCGUGCAGGCCGUGGAGUACGAGGAUUGUCAGGCACAUCUGCCCCAGACGAGGCAUGAGCGUUUGGACCUGUGA